GCGCGAGGACAGAACAAAGGACCACGUGCUCCACGCUCACGCCAAGAUCAAGCGCAGCGUGCACGCGCGUCACAUAGCCUCCGGCACACGCCCGCGGUUUCAAAAGCAGAGCGCCCCGAUGUCCAGCUCACGCCAGGCACAUUGGACACUUUGCAAGAUUUCCUAGAGUAAAAGUAUCUCCAGAUGUCAUAAGAGAGUCCAGCUCAGUGAAGAUCAGCUGUGAGACAGAACCACGUGUUUCAGUGAUUGAAUGUCACUUCUUCAUAAACAGAGAAGAGAAGAAAAUGAAAAGCAGUUCAUCAUGUGAGCUGGAUCUCACUGGUGCUGAAGUGUUCAGAUGGGCAUCUGUAAAAUCACCUGAAUCACUCAACAUUAUCUGCUACACAACAUUACAUGCGCUAGGCUCAAUCAUAUCAUCUCCUGAAUCUGAUCCUGUCACAGUGACGGUUCGAGUUUCAACAUCAACAACCACUGAACAAACAACUACAACAGCCAUGGAAACCUCAUUAACUGUGAUGUCCACUUCUGAAGCCACAACAUACAGUAAAACUGCAGAUCUCCAAACCAAGAUAAACCUGCCAACCAUUACAGGAAAGGAAAACAGAAAAGUUCAUUCACUCUCUCUCAAUGGCUCAUGGUUUCCAGUAGUGCUGGUUUUCACUGGUAUUGGUUUAUUUCUGCCUGGACUCAUAGGAUUCAUCUGUCUGUGCCGCUUUACCAGUUCUGCUGAUGUUCUCACAGAGGUGAACUACGUCUCCUGCCAGAUGGAAACAACAUCUCUUUUAACUUCCUCUGUGUGCUCCUCAAAAAUGUUAAAUGUAAAUGAAAGCAACUGUGAGUCAUCUGUGGAGUUCAGUAAUGCUGAAUCAGUAAUAUUAAGAAAUUUUACAUCUAAUUAAUGCAGUUUUUAAAAUACCUUUUAAAUCAAAUAUGGGAAUAUAGACUGUACAUGUAAACAAAGUUUCAGAAAGUUGAAAAAUUUUACAAAAUUAGCAUAGUGACUUCUUUAUGUUGUACUAUUUUCUCUGUCAGUUGUCUGAUCAAUGAGCAACUAAACUGCUUAAAUUUUGUAAGCAUGUUUUAUGCAUUAUUGAGCAAACAUGUAAACAAUAAAGUCACUAAAGUGAAUAAUGACACAGUCUUAAUUUGAUACUAUGAUCUAGUCUUUUUCAACUGUAUAUAUUGCAUAUCUGUCAUCUGUAAGAGUGUAGCUGUACAUAUGGUCUCACGAUCUGUGUUCACCUUCAUGAGGUGACCACACAAUGCAGUUUGUGGUCUGAUGUACCAUUUCCUAAUUCACUCUUUGUGAGACUCUCAUUCAGUCUCUUUUCUCACACUCGCUGUUAUGGAGUUGUUCAUCUUCAUAGUUUUUCAGCUCCUGAUGGAGGUUCAGUCUUACAGUAAGUGAUGUCUAUUGUUUAAUUUUGAUUAAAUACUGUAUGUCCACAUUUGUCUAACAUA